AUCUGAGGCGUGCGAACGAUCCCAAAACGUAUGUUCCCGCCUCUGCUAAUCUCACUUCUCUCUCCACGCGAGUAAAAGACAUCCAGAGACGUAUUUCCGUUGAAGCUCCAAGCUUAGUUCAUUCAGUAGCUUUUCGAUCCUCCAGCAGUUCACACCAACUUUUCACCAAGCUCUGAAGUGUUUUAAACCGCACAAAACUUUUCAUCUUUUGUUUAAUGUUGGCACAAAAUUAAAAUUCCACCGGGUUUAUCGAACUAAAAUCUAGUUUUUUUUCUCCUAAUUCCGCAAAAGUUCUUUAAAAUUACAAAAAAAUUGCAAAAACACCUCAAUUCUUCGGAGAACAGGAUUUUCUUCCUGUCUUCUGCAGAUAGUAAACCUGUGAUUUUCUUUGAUAUCUACGCUUAACAAUUUUAAAAUAAAUGUGCAAGAGACUCAAAAGUGAACACUUUUAAAAAGUACUCAAAACAAUAUCUCGGAAAAAAUUAAAAAUUUCAGUGUUGUUGGGCACACAAGAACGUUGAUGGGCUUUUAUCGAAGGUUUCUGGUAAAAACCAUCAAUUAAAAUCAAAUUGUGCACUUUUUUGUUCAAUCAGUGAAAAUUAAUUGUUGACUGAGUGCGAGCCUUAUUUUACCCAUCAAUCGACCAACAUCAAUAAAUUAACUCGGUACCCGAGGAAAUGGUAAAUGCGGGAAUAGCAGAAAUCAAGAAGAACUGGUGACAUUUGAUGGGCUAUUUGAAGUAAUAUAAGAAAAUACUAAUUGCCUAAUGAAAUUAUAGCAUCAAAAGAAAAUUAACAAUUACAUAUCUUAAGCAAUACUUUUAUGAGUGUUAAGGCAAUUUGACCAAUUUAUCAAAGGAUAAUCAGAGAAAGAAAGUUAAAACCAUUUUAAGAACGAGAGCAUAAAUUAAAAAGAAAGUUAGAGAAAUGUCCCAACAUUUGUCGUCAAUGCUGGAACAUCUGAAACUGGGCACUCGAAAGAAUUCACGAGGUGCCGUGAUGGAGACCAAUGGCACGGGUGGGGGUCAAAUGGGUGGCUGCCCUGGACUCGAUGGUGACACCGACACUGUGGAUUAUGUGAAGUGCAGUGGAGCCAGUAAUGGCACCAAUAACAAUAACAAUAAUCAUGUUAACAACAUCACCACAACGGCUCUUGCUCCAAUGGUUGUUGGCAAGAGAAAUAGUAUCAGCCUCAACCAGGCUCCUGGGAAUACGGAUUCCCUGAAGCCACGAGACUUAUCUCCAUCUCCGCGCGCUGGACAACGCAAAUUGUCUGCAGAUUUGAGGAAUCGUGAAGACAUUGAGAUGUCAAAACCAGUGCAAAUUCGUCCGGUGAAAUUGAAGAAUAUGGUCUCAAGGGCAGAAACAUACGAUACACUUCAUCUUAAGACGUCCGAAAAGUUGCCGUGUAAGCCAGACAGCUGCUAUGGAAGUGUUAUGUUUCCAUCGUUGGUUGGUGUCGAACCUCGAAAGCCGGAAGUGGUUCUGGAACAUGCAAAGGAUUUUUUGGAGCAAUAUUUUACAUCGAUUCGUCGGUACAAAUCCCCAGCGCAUGAGGCACGCUGGCAACAGGUGCAGAGUGAUAUAGAGAAAACUGGGAAAUAUCAUUUGACGGAAACUGAAUUAAUUUUUGGCGCCAAAUUGGCCUGGAGGAAUGCAAAUCGCUGCAUUGGACGUAUUCAAUGGUCAAAAUUGCAGGUGUUCGACUGUCGAUAUGUAACUACAACUAGUGGAAUGUUUGAAGCAAUUUGCAAUCACAUCAAAUACGCUACAAAUAAGGGUAAUAUUCGAUCAGCCAUUACGAUUUUCCCUCAGCGAACUGACGGAAAGCACGACUAUCGAGUAUGGAACCCUCAGCUUAUCUCAUAUGCCGGAUAUCGUGAACCAGACGGUAGCAUUACUGGGGAACCAGCCACUGUUGAAUUCACCGAGUUGUGCUUGAAAUUGGGUUGGAAAGGACGGCAUACUGAUUGGGACAUCCUGCCAAUGGUGCUGUCUGCUAAUGGACACGAUCCCGAAUACUUCGAAUACCCGCAUGACCUAAUCCUAGAAGUGCCCCUUACGCAUCCAACAUUCAAAUGGUUUGCUGAUUUCAAAUUGAAAUGGUACGCUGUUCCGGCCGUGGCGAAUAUGCUGUUUGACUGUGGUGGUCUUCAAUUUACGGCAGCACCAUUUAGUGGUUGGUACAUGUCCACAGAAAUUGGUUGUCGCAAUUUGUGUGACACAAACCGUCGCAAUAUUCUGGAGAAAGUCGCUACGAAAAUGGGUCUCAACACCCGAAAUCCCACAACAUUGUGGAAGGAUAAGGCACUUGUUGAGGUGAACAUUGCGGUUCUGCAUUCCUUUCAAACCCACAAUGUGACCAUUGUGGACCAUCACACGGCCAGUGAUAGCUUCAUCAAGCAUUUUGAAAAUGAAUCUCGACUGAGAAAUGGUUGUCCGGCAGAUUGGGUAUGGAUUGUACCACCAAUGUCAAGUUCUGCCACGCAAGUUUUCCAUCAGGAAAUGGCCAAUUACUACAUGAAGCCCAAUUUUGAGUACCAAGAGCCAGCCUACAAGACACAUGUGUGGAAGAAGGGACGUGAUCAGUCGAAGAACAAGAAGCCCAAGAGGAAGUUCCACUUCAAACAAAUUGCCAGGGCUGUGAAAUUUACAUCGAAACUCUUUGGGCGAGCUCUGUCCCGUCGCAUCAAGGCAACGGUUCUCUAUGCCACGGAAACUGGAAAAUCUGAGGCAUAUGCUAAGAAAUUGGUUGAACUCUUUGCACAUGCAUUCAAUGCUGAGGUUUACAACAUGUCCGAAUACGAUGUAUCAUCAAUAGAGCAUGAAGCCCUAAUUUUAGUUGUUGCUUCCACAUUUGGCAAUGGAGAUCCACCGGAAAAUGGUGAGUCCUUCGCCCAUGAUUUAUAUGCAAUGAAAGUACGAGAAACCGGAGGUGGUGAAUCGAGCAACGGAUCCAAACUUCCCUCGUCGUCCAAGGCAUUCAUCAAGGCGAAUUCGCGCAAGGACAACAGUGCAGAUGGUCGCAAGAUGGACAGGCUGGACUCCCUGCGAGGUGGAUCAACUGCAACUCCUGAGAAUAUGAGUGCUGAAGCAUUUGGUCCACUAUCAAAUGUUCACUUUGCCGUCUUUGCUCUUGGAUCAUCAGCAUAUCCCAAUUUCUGCGCCUUCGGGAAGUACGUGGACAAUCUCCUAGGUGAAUUGGGGGGAGAGCGAAUUAUGAAGCUGACAACAGGUGAUGAGAUCAGUGGACAGGAGCAAGAAUUCCACAAAUGGGCACCGGAAGUGUUCAAAGUAGCCUGCGAGACAUUCUGCCUGGAUUCUGAUGAAACAUCCACAUCAUGGAAUGUUGGCCAGGAAAGCCUAACAGAGAGCACUGUACGCUUCUCCGCGACACCGACUACACGUCCAAUGGAUGCAGCCCUAGGUGACUAUCACAAUCGCAAAGUCAUCAUUGGGAGCAUCAAGAAGCCAGCAACGAAUCUGCAAUCUGGUACAAGUUCGGAGCGCUUGACUAUUCUUGUGGAAAUCCUUGCAGAUGGGAUUAGUUAUGAACCUGGUGAUCACGUGGGAAUCAUCCCAGAAAAUAGACAAGACAUUGUCAAUGGGAUUAUUGAGAGACUAACAGGGGUUGAAAAUCCCGAUGUACCUGUUCAGCUGGAAAUUCUCAAGGAGAACCACACAUCAAAUGGAAUAAAUAAAGAAUGGGUACCGCAUGGUAAAAUUCAAGCAUGUUCCCUGCGAACCCUAUUUACGCGGUAUUUGGACAUAACAACUACACCUUCCCGACAAAUUCUCAAGCUUCUGUCGACCUACUGCAAGAAUCCCGAUGAUGAGAAAAAGUUAACCACCCUGGCCAAUGAUUCAGCUGCCUACGAAGAAUGGCGCUACUUCCGGAUUCCACAUCUCUUGGAAGUUCUCCAAGAAUUUCCUUCUUGUCGUCCAACGGCUGCUGUCCUCGUUGGCAAUCUAAUGCCUCUUCAGCCACGUUUCUAUUCCAUCUCCUCGUCGCUGAAGAAGCACAGAGAUGAAGUUCAUCUAACUGUUGCCAUUGUAAAGUACAAGACGCAAGAUGGUUAUGGUCCUGAACACUAUGGCGUUUGCUCGAACUACCUGAACGAACUCAAGGCGAAUGAUAAUGUGUACUUCUUCGUACGAAGUGCACCAGGCUUCCAUAUUCCCACGGAUACAUCCCGACCCAUUAUCCUUAUUGGUCCGGGAACAGGAAUUGCGCCCUUCAGGUCCUUCUGGCAGCACUGGGAAAUGGACCAGACUGAAGGUAUUUCUAUUCCUAAAGUAUGGCUACUGUUUGGUUGUCGUACCAGCAGCUUAGAUCUCUACCGGACCGAGAAGGAAGAGCUAGUGCAGAAGAACGUUCUCAAUCGUGUCUUUCUGGCACUUUCGCGGGACUCAAUCGUUCCCAAGACUUAUGUUCAAGACAUUGCCCUUCAGGAAGCUGAUGCGAUCUACAAUUUGCUGGUGGUUGAAAAAGGACAUGUCUUCGUUUGUGGUGAUGUCACGAUGGCAGAACAUGUAUAUCAAACGCUCAGAAAAAUCAUAUCUGCAAAGGAAUCAAAAUACGAAAGUGAUGCUGAGAAGUUCAUGCUACAGUUGAGGGAUGAAAAUCGCUACCACGAAGACAUCUUUGGCAUUACACUUCGAACUGCAGAAGUUCACAAUAAAUCAAGAGAAUCUGCCCGAAAUCGCAUGGCAUCGCAGCCCUAAACAUGGAAUGAUAUUUGUGGAGAUAUUUCAGCAAAAUUUCUUGUAUUUACUUAAAUUACCCAUGCUGAAUACUUUACAAUGGUAGCUAAAUUGAAUUCUAUAGAGACCAUCUUUUAAAUAAGAGUAUACUUAAUAUCAGAAUAUACAUUUUAGCAUUACUCAUAUUCCUAAAACAAUUUAAAACGUUAAGCACAUCGAAAAUUGAGAAUAAUUAAGGUUGAAAGGAAUACUAAACAUAUUCAAAUUUAUCAGAUAUUUUAAUAUUCUGUAAUUAUUGGAGAGAAUUUCAACUUGAAGAAUUAUUGUAGUGAUAAGAGUGGUUUUGGUAGUAAAAUUGAAACUCAGGAUUUCAAGUUUGAAAAGCAGUGAAAAAAUUGGAAAGAAAAAUACAAGUGCAUAAGUCAAACUUAUAGUACUUAUUCCUUAGAACAGUCAUUAUUUUUCCAUUAUUUACUAAAAGGUUUGACCAAAAAGAUAAACAAUUUGUUAUAGGAGGAAAUGUUAUUUUAUAAAUUCUCUUUCAAUUAAAUGAAAAUCAUUAGUCGACAUCAAGACGUUUAACUGCUUUAAUUUAAAUUUAAAAAUGUUGACAGGUCAAUUUACUGUCAACACUUAAAGUCAUGAAAUAGUUCUAUUUUAGGAGCAAGUUAUCUCUCCCAGUAUAAUGCAGAAAACUAAUUUCUCAACUCUCUAAAACAAUUUUGAGCCCUUACAACAUCUUCAACUUGAAGACAUUCUUGUAAAUAAUUGAAUAAAAUUAAUUUGAUUUAAAGUGCAAGAGAAAAUGAAAGUGAGACUAAUGCCAAUUCUCUGAGAAGUAACAUCAGAAAAUUUUGUAAAGUGCAUUCCUGCAGAAAUCUUACUCGUGAUGCCCUUCAUUCAGUAAGAUAAACCACAAAAGAAUAAAAAAAAUCUAAGCAGAAUACAAACUCAAUUAAUUCCAAAGCAAUUAAUUUUGAUGCAGAGAGAAGAAAAUUGGGUGAAAGACGAAAGUGCACGCAACUGAGAGAAAAAUAAAUAAAGAAGAAGUUAGUUCUGAAUAAAAUUCUCAUGCAUUCUUCAAAAUCAAUAUUAUGAAUCACAAAAAAAUAUCAAUUAAAUAGCACAUAAUGAAUAAAAGUGGCGGGAUAUAUUUUACAAAUAAAAAGAAAAUCUAUAGUAAAAGAAAAUCAAACAUUUAAAAAAACAAAUAUUCUAGUAGAAUUUCUUCAUAUUUUUCAUCUCAAACCAAAAACUUACUGUAUCAAAUGUAACAAAGGGUAAUAAAAAUAAAAAAAAAGUAAUUUUUUCUUGACUA